ACGGAGCGGACGUCGGAGGAUCUAACCGUACAUCGCGCAUUUCUUUAUUUCGUACAAAACCCCUCCUAUUUCUUUUGCCAGACUUUUUCGCGCUUUCUAAACUUUCUAAAACGAUACAAGCGCGGUAUAUUUGCCGUGAGUGAAGACUAGAGUACCAAGACAGUGGCACGUAUAUCGGACAAAAAAGAAAGCCGAGAUAAAUGGAUCGUGAGAUGUAGAACGUAAUUAAGAGCGGUUAGAAAAACGAGAUUAAUAAUAAUAUUCCUGACGAUCGCACGCACGCGGAGUUAGAAGGGGCGACCAGUGGCUCGAUGCGAUGAUGGCUGACAAGUACGAUUAAAAGUCGGCUACGCGAGCACACGUCACCCCUUUUUUCCGCGUUUUCUGCACGUAGAAGUCCAGUGGUGGUACCUGGGGCAAAGGGCGUCUUAUGGCCGUACGCGGAGUAAUGCCAAGUAGAGAGGAGCGGAGAGGGUCGACCAGCGGAUGACGAGGCAGAUCGCCGUGAAUCCGACAAUCAGGGUGACGGAGCGAGAUUACGGACACCGUCCUCGAAGCACCGAGCGCCUGUUCAUUGUUAAUCCAGAUGCGAUGCCCGUGGGCGAUGCUGUCGGGUAACCUGCACGCGCGCGUCCAGUAAACACGACGACCGACAAGUCAACAGUGACCGUGACAGCCGACGCGAUGGCGACGGGCAAGCGACGGAGCAUCCACGCGUCGUCCGGGAACGCCGCGGGGCCGUCGGGCUACGGCGGUCUCCGCUCGAAUCGGAUGAACUUCCGGCCGAGCUCGACGCAGCAGGAGGACCGCGGCGGCACCCGGCCGACCGCCGCGCCGAGCUCCAUCGGCCUGAUCCUGGUGACGAUGCUGCUGCACGUGUGCAAGAAGUCGCUGCUGUUCGACACGCGGCUCAAGAUCGCCAUCUACGGCGGCACGAUAUUCGCGGUAUCGCUGAUCGCCGACUUCGUCGCGAUGCCGCGCACGUACUUCUCCAGGUCGGACAACGCCCUGAAUCAGUACUUCGUCAAGUGGGGCUGGGGCUGGCUGAUGUCCGUGGUCGUACCCUGGGUCGCCAUGACGGCGCACACGCUCGGCCUCGGCCGCCGGCCGAUCCUGCUGCGUCACCUGGCGCGCGUCUUGCUCGCCACCUUCGCCUGGUUCGCCUGGACCUGGCUCUUCAAUUACGUCGAGACCACCUACGGCCGGUGCCUGAACACCCGCGACGUCCAGCUGCAGAACAAGGCCAAGUGCCUGCAGUCGGGUAGAUUCUGGAGCGGCCUCGACAUAUCCGGUCACACGUUCAUCCUGAUCUACUCCAGCCUGAUCCUCGCCGAGGAGGGCUCCUCCCUCGUCGGCUGGGAGGGCAUCAAGGACCUGGUGAUGCGCGAGGAGCACACCCGCACCACGCCAAACGAGAGCAGCACCGGGCCGCUGCGCAAUCUCUCCGACGGUGACCUAGAGUUCCUGAAGAAGGUGCACGGUACGCUCACGCCGUAUCUGCGCGGUCUCUUUGUAGCGAUGACGUUGCAGCAGCUGCUGUGGGACAUCAUGCUCGUGUCGACGGUGCUCUACUAUCACAUCAUGAUCGAGAAAUUCCUCGGCGGCGUGGCGGCGGUCAUCACCUGGUACGUCACGUAUCAGUGGUGGUUCAAGCUCCCGAAAAUCGGACUGCCAGCGCCUGGCGACGGCCUCUUCAAGUACAAUGAAGUGAGGACGAAUCCGGAGAACACCGCUGCUGGCAACAGCGCCAGGACGAGACGCAGCACUCUGAACGGCAGCAAUCAGCCGAGAUUCAUGGGAAUGCCGAUCAGAACGAUGCAAGAGACGAUGCCAGAGCAGAUUCCGCCGUCGAAUAGGCAAUCGGAUCCCGACGUGCCUAACUCGAGAGCGUGAAAGCGUCGGGCGGUCCUUUUACCACUCGCUUGAGACUCUUAAUCUAUUGGUACUUGAUACAGCGUGGAUUAUUUUGUACAAAUUGAUCGAGUGUUUGGACUGAUACUUCAUUCGUCGAGGCAAUAAGUGCAAUCUUAUAUUUCACGGAAUCCCGUUUUUUGUAAACAAUUAAAAUAAUUCCAUCAAGGGAAAAUACUUAACACGCGCGAUGCCUGAACAUGCUUCAAUCUUCCUUAAUUUUAUAACACAAUUUCAAAAAUCCAAGAGAAGCGCUACACAUAUCGCGUCAUUCAUCGAGUACGUUUCUAAUUUAUUAUGAUCAUUGUGAAUAUAAUUAUGCUUAUAAUUUUAUCAAUUGUAAUAUAAAGAAUGAUCGUUAGAUAGUUAGCUCGGGGUAACACGCAAUCUCCGAUAUCGAAAUACGCAUCCGGAUGAUCCGUUCCCCAUGACCGGUGAGUACAAAGAUCGAAUCAGGCGUACGGAAAAUAACAAAUGAUUUUGAUUUGCAAUAUCCUCCUUGGCUUUCUUCACGUGGGUAAAUAUUUCAUACGAGAUGCGUACACAUAUACAUUAAGAUAUUCUCGAUUUGAGGGUGUGGGUAAUCAAGCUCAUCUAAACGGGAUCAGCUUAUUCGCGCCAUGUUUUACAAUUGCGUUUACAAUUUACAUAAUGAUAAACAGGAGCGUGCAUCCGUCUUUUUACCAUCUCCGCCGUAUGGAUUGUUUGAGAAAAGACACGUUUAUUUAAUCCGUUUAAAAGAUUGGAAUCGGUGUCGAUUUUUAACACUGCUAGAUUUUGUUUUGUAACUUAUAUUUAAUAAAGUCUGUUGUUAAC